GCGGGGCGGGGGCGGGCACGGCCAGCUGACUGACAGCUCGCCCGGGGCGCCUCGGAAGGACCCGGCUCUGGGGCCGGCGCAGUGGCAGCAGGUCGGAACUGGACGGCGCCCGCCCGCCCGCCGGCUGCCUGGGCGCCCGACGUGAUGCCUUAGGGCCACGUGAGCCGCCCCAGAGGACUCCUUCCUGGAGGCCAGCGGCUCCCAGGCAGCUCACAUGUGGUCGGCAGGCUCCCGCUUGGCCUCCGGCUUCCACUGACACGACUGGGAAUCCAGCCCACCUGCCUCCCCGCCUGGCAGCCCACCCGAGCCAUGGAGGCACCGGAGGUCCCCGUGGGCUCCCUGAUCGACUUCGAGACCGAGCCACCCGCCUCUUCACCCCUGGAGGCGCUGCCUGCCAAGCUGCAGGACGGGGACAGCUCCCAGGGCGAUGGCGGGUCGGAAAGUGAGACCACGGAGUCGGCGGACAGUGAGAACGACCUGGGCGAGUCACCAGCCCACCCCUCGUGGGACCAGUGCCACCGCUCCUCCUCCAACGAGUCCUUCUCUUCCAACCAGAGCACAGAGUCGGCCAAGGACGAGGGGACCCUGGAGCUCAGGGACUUCAUGCGCAGCUAUGUGGAGAAGGUCUUCUCUGGGGGGGAGGACUUGGACCAGGAGGAGAAAGCCAAGUUUGGAGAGCACUGCAGCAGUGACAACGGGAAGGGCCGGGAGUGGUUCGCGCGGUACGUGAGCGCCCAGCGCUGCAACUCCAAGUGCGUCUCAGAGCCGACCUUCUACCGCCUGGUGCAGUCUUUUGCGGUGGUCCUAUUCGAGUGCCAUCAGAUGGAUGACUUCGGGCCUGCCAAGAGCCUCAUGACCAUGUGCUUCACCUACUACCACAUCGGUAAGCCGCACCUGCUCCCCUCGGAGUCCAAGGAGAAGCCUGCAGGGAGCAUUGACUCCUACCUGAAGUCCGCCAACAGCUGGUUAGCAGAGAAGAAGGACAUAGCGGAGCGGCUGCUGAAGAACACGUCAGCCAAGACAGAGAAUGUCAAGGGCUUCUUCGAAGGCCUGGAGACCAAGCUGAAGGGACCCCUGGUCAGGAAAAACGAGGAGGAUGAGAACAAGCCCAGGGAGAAGCCGCAGAAGACAGUGACUGUGUGCAGCCCCGAGGAGGAGAGGAAAGGAGAGAAGAUCUACCUGUACACGCACCUGAAGCAGCAGCCAAUCUGGCACACACUGAGGUUCUGGAACGCCGCCUUUUUUGAUGCUGUCCACUGUGAGAGGAGAAAGCGGUCUCCCACGACUAGAGGGGAUGCUGGAGAGGAGGAGAAGAAGAGGGAGAAGUGGUGCCACAUGACUCCGGAGGAGCGGAGCGACAGCCUGCGGUUCAAUGAGAACAUCACCUUUGGGCAGCUGGGCACCUUCACUCACAACAUGCUGGCGUUUGGACUGAACAAGAAGCUGUGCAGUGACUUUCUGAAGAAGCAGGCGGUGAUCGGCAACCUGGACGAAGAGCAAUACAAGCUGCUGAGCGACCACAUUGAGCAGAUGGCCAUUGAGUAGGCCGUGGGAGGUCACCCAAGGCACUCCCCAGGAGGACUGGGGUGCACGCCGCUCUCCCGAGCCAGCAACCGGCUGUCACCCCACCUGAUGACCCUGCAUGACAUCGGCAGCACCCAGAGCCGCUCCACACUGCCCUAGAACUAGCGGUUAGAAGAACCCGGUUGCCUGUCGUCCCUGCCUCCCUCUGCCUGUGUCUGCUCCCCCACCCAUGUGGCGAAGUGUCCCUGGGAUUACAUGGCUAAGACCGAGGUGACUGUCCACACCCCUGAGUGUCCGGCCUGUGACAUGGACUGAGAGGGCAGAGGAGGACACCAGGGCAAGGCCAGGCCGAGGGCGGUGCUCACUGCAGCCUCCUGGAGCGGGGGGUGGGCAUGGGAUUCUGGUAAGGGCAGUGACAUGGGGCUGUCAUGGCCGACAGUCUGGGGGGCCCUCCUCUUCAGGUGGGGGAUGGGUGCUUUCGCAGCUGGGGCUCCUGCAGCAGGGCGGUGGGCCUCCAUGUCAGUCCCUGGCUGGUGCCGGCCCUUCCCUGGGUCCCCCUCCAUGUGUUGGGAACUGGGGCCACAGGAACCUUGAGGUGAGAGACAUGUCCUGUUUUAGGGAGGGGGCGAGAACUGCACUCUUGCUGGCUGCAGGGGGCCCAGCCCCCGGGGGCUGUGGGCAUCCUGGAGGCGGCGCAGGGUCUGAGCCUUGUACAGGCGUCACCAGCACCCAGGUGGCUGGGUCAGGCGUCCGGAAUGUUCCUGGUCCGCUGACAGCUUCCCUCUGGAGCAGAGAACAUUCUGCCACUUGGGGCCCUGGAGGACCUCGGGGCUGUCUGCCCCGCAAGGAGGCACAGAGGAGUUCCCUCAGGAGCUGCAGGACAGCCACCCUUUUGGAAAGCAGACAGGGCCGCCGUAUACUUCAAAUGAGAAAGUGCCAGUUUUAUGGGCAGCCGGGCAGGGGCGGCUUCCGGUGGCAGUUGGUGAGGCUCGUUGGCAGAGUGGCCUCGGAGCAGUGGGUGCCCACACCUUCCUGGGCCCAGGUGAUCGACCUCCCCCCUGCAGACCACAGGUACCCCUUCGUCUUGUCCAGGCCUGGGAACCGCGGUUCUUCUCCCAGGUUUGGUACCAGGCACUUACCAGGCCCAGAGGACUGCGGGCAGACCAGGAACCUCCAGCAUGCCAGCUCCACUGUGUGGCUGUUUCCCGUCAGCCCCCUUCCCUCGUCUCCGCAGGUCGCUUUAGGGCGCUGACCCUGGAGUGGGCCCGGGGGCCUCUGCUUUCUCCCGCGCCCCCACCCUUUCCCUCUCUCCCCGCCAGCUCUAGCCGCGUCAGGUUCCUGUCUCCUCUUGAGCACUUACAAAUACGUGCCUGAGAGUCAUGCAUCCAGCCAGGGCUUGCGGGGCUCCCCUCGUGGGGCACUUCGCUGGGAAGUCCAUGGGCUAAGCUCCAGAAGGCUCGUCUUGGUGCUCAUGAGAGGAGAUGCGGGACCUGAGCUUGCUGCGGUGAAAGGCCCGCCCACAGGAGCACGGAGUGUGCGUGCGGGCGUGUGAUGCCAGCCUGGCUGGCGGUGGCACUAAAGAAAGCCCAGCCGUGUGGCCAGUUUGUCACAUGCGGGGGCAGCUCAGGGGCCUGGAGGCUGCCGCUGGGCCCAGCGACCGUGCAUGUCUCCGCAGAAUGCGUUUCGGGUUAACAGGUGUGGGGGCCCCUCCCUAGUGCCUCCUUCGGACAGCACCUCCCCCCCUGAAACCAGCUUCCCUCUCUGAGGUCAGCACCCCAGCUCGCAUUGUCCAGGCCCCUCUGUGUCCUCCGUGGCUUGGCUAGUCAGCCCCCAGUGGUUAGUUGAAGUGCAUCAAGACUUUAUUCUGAGGUGCCCAGAAGACUUACCUGUGUGUAUAUAAGGUGUUUGUAUAGAAGUUUGAUUCGGUCUGCUUCCUGGAGGAAGAGAAGUGGAUUCUGAGGCCCUCCAGGGCUCUGGAAGGGGAGGCAGCACUGUCCCCUGGGGUGGGGGCACAGGCAGGGCCACCCAGCCUUUGGAAGGAAACGGCUUUGACUUCGUUGGGCUUUUCCAAGCACUUUAACUUCAAAAGUGAUCUUGAAAUAUUUUUCUCCCAUAGGCCACUUGAAUUAGAGGUGAAGGUGGAGUAGAGGUGGCUUUGGGUUGGCCCGCCUGCUCCUCACAUUUAUCCGUCUGGCUCCCAGGAGGGGAGAAAACUGACCCCAGGCAGGCUGCCUGUCCUGCAGAGCCGCACGGGGGGCACCAGAGGCUGCCCCCGCGCACCCCGAGUGGUGGCUGGAUGCCGCAGUGGCCCAGGCCACUCUGCAUCUGGUGGUUCGUGCUGGAGGGACCCGGCCAGCGGCACCUGGAGGGGCACUGAGCCCCUGGAGGAAGGCUGGUAGUUUGCCUCCCUGAGGUUUCCUCUCCCUGUAGCACCCCCUCUCCCCUCCGGGCUGGGGCAGAGCGGACAUGUGGGGGCCUCCGGUGGUGAGCAGACACAGGACACGCGCUCAGAGGUGCUCGCACGGGGAGGUGUCCGGUGUACACAAUGGGGCUCUUUGCUGCAGAAGCCCCGAGAGCCCAUCUGAGAAUACAGGGCCCUUAGACUCUGGCACGAGGCCUGCGAUGGGGUCCGAGGACAGCCUCCAGUCCCAGCACCGAGUAUCCAGAGGUGGGCUUUGGAGGCCUGCUGUUAGCAGGUAGGGGCUCUGCAGGCUCUGGCUGGCCAGCCUCCGGGGACCGUGUGAAUCACAAUGAGCAAGAGACAGUGGCUUCUCUGAAAAGCUUCCUCCGAAAACAGGGCGAUGUUGAGAUGCAGCUUUGUAUGUUUUAGGCUUUGUUAUAAUUUUAGCAGUAUUAGUAGAUGUUGAGAGGGGCCAUGUUAAUAUUCAGAUCACGUCCGCUGCACGCGCAUGUGUGUGUGCCUCUAACCAAAGGCAGGAGGACUGAAUGCUGCUGCUCUGAGUGAGUUGUACAGUGUAGUGGAGUGAACGAUGAUUUUCCUAUUGCCAAAAGAAAAAAGGAGGCUAAGAAACUCUGAAGUUACCAAAAGGUGGACUGAGAAAAAGGGCAGUCCCUGAGCUCUGCCCACAGUGAGGACCCGGGAUGCUCAGGCCGGCCGGGGAGCCCCAGUGGAGCUCAGGACAGAGCCCCCCUCCCGGGAGCGGCGACCAGUGGGCCCCGCUGCUCCACGCCCAGCUAGACUGUGGAGCCGUCCCCACAGAGAGCAGCUGGCAGCCUUGAGGGUUGCUGUUCCAUGGACUGUUGUGCGUGGGUCACCUUGUCACACGUGGUGUCCAGACCCCAGGUGUAGGAAGCAGAGCCCCUUGCACACAGGCAUGAGCGAGAGGUUUCAUCCUGCCGGGGGAGUGUAACCAGACCCCGGGGCUGUGAGCCAGGCCAUCGAGCCUCCUCAGGCAGCCCUUUCAUUAGGGAGCGUCCAGGUAGACUCGUGUGGUCAGAUCAGCUCAAUUACCAAAUUGUCCAAAACUCUAGACCAGUGGGCAGUCGGGGGAGGGUCCUUCGCCCAGAACAGUGGGGCGCCUGGGGAAAAGGGUCCCUCGUCCAGAGGGAGGGGGCAGGGGCUAGCCCGGCCUCGGGGAGAGGAGUGGAGCACCUCCUCCUGCCCCACCGGGGUCCCGGGCUCUCUCCUGUUCCUCAACCCUGAUGGGGCUGCUGGGUGGGGGUCCCCCCGCCCCUCAACUCCGGGGGUGGUUCUCACUGCCCCACCCCCAGCCUCUUAGUUCUCCUGAAGCGUUGCUCUCACGUCUUCAGCUGUCCCUCCAGGUUGCCUGUAAGUCACUUACUCCUUUUUAUGGUUCUCGGGGAUGAAUUUCAAUCGAAAAGCUUUCAGCUGAGUUUCACUGUAAAGGGGAAUUGUGUCGGCUAGAAGUGCCCCUGAUUGACUGAUGUGCAGUGUUCAGACCCUGGACAGAGCAGGGGCUUACCUAAGCCCCACAGGCCCUGCGUCUGUCCCGGUACCGCCUUGUCACUAUGGGGCCAAGAGCAGCAACGCGUUGGUCCUCCAGACAGCGAGUGGAUGCAUCAUUUCCCGAUCGUUCGCUUCCGGUGACCGCCCUCGGUACUAAGGCUGCGCUCGGCGUGGCCUCCCGCACCUCCAGCUCCCUCCCUGUCCCUGGGCCUCUGGGUCUGCUGCUCAGGAGGGACUGAAACGCCUCGUGGGGCUGGCCUGCUCUGUUCCCUGGGUAACCUGGCACUGGCCUGCGUUCCCCGGGCCGGCCAGAACUUGGGAGUAGAUCCCCACCCCUCACUGUGUCUGGGGGAGUCGUGCGUCCCUGAGAUGCGUGUGGGGCAGGUUCCUGGUUACCGUGGGAAAGGGAAAACUCAUCACCUCCCCGAGGGAGUCAGGACAGUCUGACUUUGACCAUCUUCCCUUCAUCUCCACGCACACGCCUCCCACAGGACGUCUGUGCAGCUGGAGGGGAGCUCAGGUCCCGGCUUCUCCUGCAGACGCCAGGCUUUGACAAGGCCAGGUCAGGCCAGAGCCCCUGCCUCCCACAGCUUCCCAGAGCCCCCCGUGGUGGGCUUGCCCUUGAGCCAGGAAGAGGACUCCUUCCGAUGGCCCCCUGAUCCAGCCCAAGACGUGGGGGCUGUGCCUGCUUCGUCCUUGGUCUCCCAGGACGUGCAUGAAAAGGGAACGUGCCCAGCAGGGGCCAUUCCCACGGGCGCUCUGGACAGAUGAGUCCCAGCCUCCUUGCUGAGCUCGGGGCAGCUUGGCCUGGUUCCCCUGCCAUGAGGUCCAGAGCGAGCCUGGGGCUGCUCCUUCCCGUGGACACCUUGAGAAAGACAUUUGAAAUGCUAGAAACUCAAGCAGGCAUAGAGCCUCUUAAAAGACGGAAACAUGUUUAAAUACGGUCAGUCUGCGCCUUUGUUAAGAACCGUGGCUUCCCCCGGGGCCUCAGCGACAGCUUACGCAUGUGCAUCCCCGUCUCUUCUUUCACCCCGUUGGUCUCUAAACUUGCCACAUCCCAACAUCGCCUUUUCACCCAAAAGUAGAACUCAGUGACGCAGGCAUUUUACGUGUUACUGUUAUGCAAUUUGCGUCCCAUUUUUUGUGUGUUUGAUGUCCUACCAACUAUAUUUUAAGGUUGAGAAAGUUUCAAGGUUGAAGAUCUCAGAACAGUGCUAAAAUCAAAGCUGUUUCCUGUGAAGAAAAAAAAAAUAUGCCUAUGUGUUGCACCUCAGAUUGUCAGAAGGUGGGAACUGAAAUAAAUUAUCUUCUAAAAGUCA